UGUAAAUUGAUAAGGUUUAUACUUGAUAAUAACGUAAAAUAACGAUUGAUAUUGUUUUUUAUUGUUAAAAUUAGUUUCUUAAUUAUUAAAUAAAUAGCAAUUUUACAAACUUCUUUUAUUACAAUUUAAACCAUUCUAAGUAUAUACAACUAAUUCUUAAAUAUGGAAUCUAAAUUCUCUGGCUUUGCCAAAGAAACUACAGCCCGCCCAGCUUGUAAAAAAUGUGGAUAUUCAGGGCAUCUUACUUUUCAAUGUCGGAACUUCAUCAAAAUUGAUCCAAAUAAAGAAAUUGUUCUUGAUGUGAGUAGUACAAGCAGUGAAUCGGAUGAACCAUAUGUUACACCACUAGUUCAGUUACGAGAAACAGAAUUAGCCUUAAAAUUAAAGAAUGAAAGACUAAAAAAGAAGAAAAAAAAAAAAAGUAAGAAACGAAAACGUAAAUCUUCAUAUAGUGAUUCUUCAAGUAAUGAUUCUGGUGAAAAAACUAAAAGACAUAAAAAGAAACACAAGAAAGAAAAAAAAUCAAAAGACUAACAAGUAUUAAGCACAAUUUAAUAUUUUUCUAAUAUGCGUUGAAUGACUUCAUUAUACAUUAUUAAGUUCAAACAAUUCUAUUUAACUUUUGUAUAAUAACUUUGAACACAUGUAUACAUUUUAUGUUUAUUUCUUAUAGAGUCAAAUCCAAUAAUAAUAAUUUAAAUUAAAUCUUGACAAUUAUUUUGUAAAUAAAAAUAUAAUUGAACCUUACAAUUGUUUUUUUUUUU